AUGACGGCCUUUCCGGGGUCAAUUGCGUUUGACGAGUAUGGGCGACCAUUUAUUAUUCUGCGGGAUCAAGAGAAUCAGAAACGACUCGCCGGCAGCGAUGCGAUCAAGUCUCACAUUACCGCGGCGAGAAAUGUCGCCAACAUCCUCAAGACAUCCUUGGGCCCCAGAGGCCUGGACAAGUUGAUGGUCAGCCCGGACGGCGACGUAACAGUCACCAAUGACGGAGCAACUAUCCUCAAGAACAUGGACGUAGACCACGAAAUUGCCAAGUUGAUGGUCCAGCUGUCCCAGUCCCAGGAUGACGAGAUCGGUGAUGGCACUACGGGAGUCGUGGUUCUCGCGGGAGCUCUUUUGGAGCAAGCAGAGAGCCUUCUGGACAAGGGGAUUCACCCCAUUCGUAUUGCAGACGGUUUCGAACUGGCUGCUCAGUACGCAGCCCAGCAUCUCAGCAACAUCUCCGAAGAGUUUCCAGUCAAUCCCAAUGACUUGGAACCUUUGAUCAGAACUGCUAUGACUACUCUUGGUUCUAAAAUCAUCAACAAAUGUCACCGACAAAUGGCCCAAAUUGCAGUUGAUGCUGUUAUGGCUGUUGCUGAUUUGGAGAAACGUGAUGUUAACUUUGAGUUGAUUAAACUCGAAGGUAAAGUUGGUGGGAGGUUGGAAGACACUAUGUUGGUACGCGGUGUCGUUGUUGAUAAAGAUUUCAGUCAUCCACAAAUGCCUAAGAAAUUGAAAGACGUAAAAUUAGCGAUCUUAACUUGCCCGUUUGAGCCACCAAAGCCCAAGACCAAGCAUAAGUUGGACGUAACCUCAGUGGAGGACUACAAAAAACUUCGCGAGUACGAGCGCGAGAAGUUUACCAGCAUGGUAGACCAAGUAAAGGCUGCUGGAGCAACCCUGGCUAUUUGUCAGUGGGGCUUCGACGACGAAGCUAACCAUCUCUUGCUGCAGAAGCAAUUGCCAGCCGUAAGAUGGGUCGGUGGUCCCGAGAUUGAGUUGAUUGCAAUUGCUACUGGAGGCAGAAUUGUUCCAAGAUUCGAGGAGUUGACUCCAGACAAGCUUGGUUACGCUGGAAGUGUUCGUGAACUUACUUUUGGUACCACCAAGGACCGCAUGUUGGUAAUCGAAGAGUGCAAAAACUCUCGGGCAGUUACUAUAUUUAUUCGCGGUGGAAAUAAAAUGAUUAUUGAAGAAGCUAAACGUUCAUUGCACGACGCACUUUGCGCAGUACGUAAUUUGAUAACCGAUGAGAGAAUCGUCUACGGAGGCGGAGCUUCGGAAAUUUCAUGUGCUCUGGCCUGUGCUGCUCAAGCUGACAGCAUCAGCACUCUGGAGCAGUACGCUUUCCGAGCUUUCUCUGAUGCUCUUGAAGCUAUUCCGAUGGCGUUGGCCGACAACUCCGGUCUGGCUGCUGUUGACGCUCUCGCUGAAGCAAAAGCUUCUCAGUUGGCUCAGAAAAACCCGGCUCUCGGUAUUGACUGCAUGAAUGUGGGAACUUUGGACAUGAAAUCGCAGAAUGUCAUCGAAUCACUCAAGAGCAAAACUCAACAAAUUUUAUUGGCGACUCAGUUGGUUAAAAUGAUUUUGAAAAUAGAUGAUGUACGUUCUCCAGCCGAUCGCUAA